CCGGGGGCCUUUUUCGUGUCGCUUAGCUCGAGCCGUACAGUCGUGCCGUGUUCGUUCCGGUCCGUGUGUGCACACGCAGCUUUCUAUAGCCCGUCCUGUCCGUCCGUUUUGGUGCGGAAUCAAGUGCUGCUCUUGAAUCGCGCGCGUGUGUGUGUGUGUGUGUUGUGUGAAGUAAGAUCAAUCCGCGCGCCCAACCAUGGAUCCGGAGGCGUUCCUAGACAUCGCCAACCAGGUGAUCAAGCUGAAGAUGUUCCCGUACUUCGACGUCGCGCACAGCCUGCUGUGCGCACUGUCGGUGAAGGAGGAUCUGGGCGCGGGCGCGCACACCUUCUCCCGGAAGCACCCGCUCGCCUGCUGGCUGUCGACGAUGCUGGUCGUCUUUGCCGGCGGCAUGGUCGCGAACGGGCUGCUCGGCGAGCCGAUCCUGGCGCCGCUCAAGAACACGCCCCAGCUGCUGGUCGCGACCGCCUGCUGGUACAUCGUCUUCUACACGCCGUUCGACAUCGGCUACAAGGUGGCCAAGUUCCUGCCGAUCAAGCUGGUGGCCAGCGCGAUGAAGGAAAUCUACCGCGCAAAGAAGAUCCACGACGGGGUGACGCACGCCGCCAAGCUGUACCCGAACGCCUUCAUCAUCAUGAUCAUCAUCGGUACGCUCAAGGGCAACGGGGCCGGUUUUACCAAGCUGAUCGAGCGCCUGAUCCGCGGUGUCUGGACCCCGACGGCGAUGGAGUUCCUGCAGCCAAGCUUCUACACCAAGGCGUCCCUGAUCGCGUCGAUCAUCUUCGUGCUGGACAAGAAGACGGAUCUGAUCUCGGCCCCGCACGCCCUCGUCUACUUCGGCAUCGUCAUCUUCCUGGUGUACUUCAAGCUGUCGUCGAUCCUGCUCGGCAUCCACGAUCCGUUCGUGCCGUUCGAGAACCUGAGCUGCGCGCUGCUGUUCGGCGGCAUCUGGGACAGCCUGGCCAAGAUUCUGGGCCGCGGCCAGGCCAAGGAGGAGCCGAAGGAUGCGAAAAAGUCCAACUAAAGCCGGACACACAGCACGCGGCGUUUAGGAUUUUAUUUUUCUAAUGCUUAGUAUUGCAUGUGUGUGUGCGUGCUUUUUUUUUUUCUUUUCUUUUGCGCUCCCCUUUUGAUCGGCUACACACACAAGCGCGUGAUCGUGCGCGUGUGUAUUGUGUACGCGCCCCGAGCAGCUAUACCAUUCUAAAUUUAAGCGUCGAUUAAAAAAAACAAACGAACCGGUCAAAGCUUUAGGUUUGGAGGCAAAUUUCACUUAUUUUCAUUCGUACUUUCACUUCCUUCAGGUUUGAUUUGACACACGCUUGCCAUAUGGUGUGGUGUGGUUCCAUCCAAAAUCAAGACACACACACACUCACACCAUCGUAGAACGAAACCAAAGCCAAAGCGGUGUAAACACGUGUCCUGGGCGCAGGCACGUGUAGGGUCAUUAUUAUUUAGAUUGUUUUUACGCGGUUUGAUGUGGCCUAUUUUUUUAAUUUAUUUUUUCUAGUCCAGCUAAAAGAGAGAAGGCUUAAGUAGUUUAGCAUUAUUAUGUUUAUUUUACAGGUAGCUAGUUUUAUAUUAUUUGUGACCUUUUUUUGUGUGUGUUUAAUAAUCCGGAUAGAGCAUAGAAGAAGCGCAAACAGCGAGCGAACAAAAACACACACACUUGCGGAUGAAAUGUGGCAGGAAAAUAGGGAAAGGAAAGGAAAAGCACACCCCCAUAGCAGUGGGUGGUAUGGGGGGUAGUCCUUUUUCAGCAGCGUUUUCUCCGGAUGUUUCCUAUUAGACGCCAUAUUAGACAGUACACACAGAGAGAGAGAGACACACACACACAAACACACACAUGUACGCCGAACUUGAAAAGACUUAACUAUUACUAGACGAGGACGCCAGGGAUAUUCCUGCACAGAUGGGCACAGUUGGCAGGGCAGAACAGGAGACGAGACGCUCACACACAGAACGAUACCACCGUGCGCGGUCGGAUGUGGCCGGUGGGCCGGGUGCCCAUACCGGCUUUUCUUUUCGACCACCCCACCACCCCCCGUAACGAACCGAAAAGAGCAUAAUAUUCGAAGGCAUAAUGCAACCGUAUUAUAGCGUUGUUAGCUUGUAACCGGCAGCCCGCUGCCGAGGUGUGGCGGACGACGAUGCGACAACUUUUGAAGAGCAAUAAAGUAAAACACGCUGUGA